UACUAUUCAACAAGUAAAACUACAAUUCCCGGCAGCCUCUGCAGCUAACAUUCCUAUGGUGGCAGCGGGAAAACAGACAUGACUAAACAUCAUCGGAGCAGUCAAGAGAGAAGUGUUUGGACGACGGAACGUUUUCAGAACAAAUAGUUCGUGCUUGGGCGGUAGCGGUUUGACAUGAAAUUCACUUCGAUUGCAAGGCGGCAGCGUGAGACCUGACGUGAAUCAUUUGUCAUUUCAGUGUUUUGGAAGUACUCUGGUUUUGAUUGAGCGUGCCGAUUGUUUGUCCUGCUGAGAGCCGCCAUGUUUUCGACUGACGGUUGAUCACUGGGCUGUGUUCACCCAGCUGCUGCGUUCAUGGGGUCGGCAUCUUGGACAAGUUUGAUUGUUAUUAGGCCGCGACCUUUUUAUUUAUUUCUCAACAUUUUAAAAAAAUAAGCGUUGGGAAGGCGGGAGGGAGGGGUGUCUGCUGCUUAAUCCAAGGAGCGGAAUGUUUUCUAAAAAACCUCACGGAGAUGUGAGAAAAUCCACACAGAAAGUCCUGGAUCCGAAGAAGGAUGUUCUGACCAGAUUGAAGCAUCUGAGGGUUGUCAUAGAAAACUCUGAAGCAAGUGAUUUGAAGUCGUUCUUUGAUCAAACAUAUUCGCACAUAUAUUAUGUUUUCUUUGAAAAUUUUGUGGCCAUUGAAACCAGCCUAAAGCAAAAAGGUCACAAAUCACAGAGGGAAGAAUUGGAUUCUAUCCUUUUUAUAUUUGAGAAAAUUUUACAACACCUUCCAGAAAGAAUUCAGAGCAGAUGGCAGUUUCACAGUAUAGGCUUGAUUUUAAAGAAACUCCUUCAUUUCGGGAACUCCUUGAAGAUAAGGAGAGAAGGUGUACGUCUCUUUUUGUUAUGGAUGCAAGCACUCCAACACAAUUGCACUGAAGAACAACUCCAUAUUUUUGCCUGUCUUAUUCCUGGUUUCCCACCACUACCUUCAGAGCAGGGACCUCGAACACUGGACAAUCUGAUCAAUUCCACAUUCUGUUUUCAAGAAACUCAAGUUACUCCAGAAGAAAUCACUCCCCUUGUGCCCCCACAAUCUGGAGACAAAGGACAAGAUGAUCUUACAAGCUACUUUCUUGAUGCACUGCUAAAAUAUAUGGCAAAGGGAUUAGAAUGGAAAGACAAGGAAAAUCAGGAGAAAGGGUUUGCAUUCUUAUUUGCAAAUUUCAAGAAGUACUAUCUGCCUCACAUAUUUCCCAAUUUUUCAAUGGAGACCAGCUUGUUUAACCCAAUCCUUGAUGUCCCACAAUUGAGGUCAAAGCCCUGUUAUAUUAUGACAAAGAAAGAUCCAGAGACAAACGAAACAACGUAUUCUACAAAAGACACAUUUUUGUCUGCUCGUGUGUCAGUCAUCCGUUGGUUGGUAUCUUUCUGGUUUGAGCCAAAAGCCAAUCUAGGACUCCAGAUUCCUGGAGUUGAAGGUGAAAAUAUACCAAAGAAUAUUCAGAGAGCAGCUGCUGGUUUGGCUGCCCGUGAAGAGGGCUCCUGCCGAGGGGACUCUGGAGAUGGCAGUGCAGAGCUGGAGCAAUCCCAUUCAAACACCAGCACCCUAACUGAGCGAGAGCCCAGUUCAUCUAGUCUGUGUAGUGUUGAUGAAGAGCAUCUAACAGAUAUGGAGAUAGUGCGCAAAGUUUUCUACUCCUCAAGAGAGAACGUGAAUUUUAUUAUAGAGGUUUUUCGACAGGCUUUUCUGUUGCCCAUCUGUGAAGCUGCAGCCAUGAGAAGAGUUGUUAAAGUUUAUCAGGAAUGGAUUCAACAAGAGGACAAACCUGUAUUUAUGAAAGAGGCUGAAGACUUGGGCUACUCUCCUUCAACAAGUGUCAUAAAUUUAGUCAGUGCUGGAGAGCAUGGUGGUUCUUAUCCACUGGAGAAAAAUAAACAGGAGGAGGACAAAAUGAAUAAAGCUUCAGGUCAUGUAAGGAAUCUUAGCUGGACAAGGAAUUCAUCAUACCAGAAUGCAAUUAACAAUGCUCCUGAAAUAGAAGAAGAAGAGAAGAAUGUAUGUGCAGGUGUUCAGGCAUCACUACAGGUUUUUAUAACCAACUCAGCAAAUAUAUUACUGCUAGAACCUGCCAACGAAAUUGGAGUCCUCUUGGAUGAGCAUGUAGAUAUGUGUAAACGUGUUCUCAACAUCUAUAGAUACAUGGUUGUCCACUCAACAAUGAAUAAGAAAACCUGGGAGCAGCUGUUGUUGAUUAUGUUGAGAAUUACAGAAUCUGUUAUGAAACGACCUCUGCAAGCACCACCAUUAUCUCAAGGGAGAAAGAAUUCAGUGUUAGCAGGGAGGCUUGCUACACCACUUUUUCGGACACUAAUAGUAGCCUGGAUCAAAGCAAACUUGGACGUAUAUGUCUCCCGAGAGCUGUGGGAUGAAUUGUUGAUGGUGUUGUCAUCACUUACAUGCUGGGAAGAGCUAAUUACUGAAUGGGCAAUGACGAUGGAAACCUUGACCAAAGUGCUCGCCCGGCAUUUGUACAACCUUGACUUACAUGAUCUUCCUUUAGAUAAAUUGAGUGAACAAAAACAGAAAAAACACAAAGGAAAAGGUGGCAGUCACGGGUGUCAAAAGUCAGCAGUUGAUAAAUCAUUUUCCCGUGGUUGGAGUCGUGAUCAGCCUGGGCAUGUACAAAUGAGACAACGAAGUGCUACCACUGCUGGUUCUCCUGGAACAGAAAAGGCAAGAAAUAUAGUACGACAGAAAACUAUAGUUUGA